AUGGGGGUGGCGGAGAUACUAGGCGCUGGGGCGGCGCGGCUGCUCUUUUACCCGACGCUGUUGUACACGGCAGUACGGGCGCAGCUGCCCGGUUCCCAACGGCCCUGGUUCCACCGCAUCGACGGCACCGUGCUGCUGGGCGCGCUGCCGCUGAGGGGACGCUGCCGCGGGCUGGUGGUGGAGCAGAAUGUGCGCGCCGUGGUCACUCUCAACGAGGAGUACGAGACCCGGUUCCUGUGCUGCUCCGUCCAGGAAUGGCAGGCAAUGGGAGUGGAGCAGCUGCGUCUCAGCACCGUGGAUCUAACUGGAGUUCCCACAUUAGAAAACCUUCACAAGGGUGUUGAAUUCAUACUGCAACACCGUGCCCGUGGUAACAGUGUCUAUGUGCACUGCAAGGCAGGGCGGUCCCGCAGUGCCACCAUGGUGGCAGCCUAUUUAAUUCAGCUGCACCGCUGGAGCCCUCAGGAAGCAAUAGAGGCUAUUGGCAAGAUCCGUCCCCACAUCCUCAUUCGGCACAAGCAAGUUCAGGUCCUGGAGACAUUUCACAGGAAUGUGAUCGCUGGGACAACGGCACCGUGUCAGUAAGAACUGUCAAAAUCUCUGUCCUGGCUGCUUUAAAAACGCCAUGUUUUAGUGAUCUAAUGAAGGCUUAAGCGUUGUACUUUUUAACCGU